UUUACAAAUUACAAUUGACUGACUGAUUGACUGACUGACUCUCUAAAUCAAAAAAUCAAAAUCAAAAAUUGAAAAAUGGAAGAAAUUGAAGAAGCAGCAGGCGGAGGAGCAGGACAACAACAAGAAACAGCUACAGUAGCUAAAAAAAGAGGAAGACCAAAAGGCUCCUCCUCUUCUGCAAAAAAAGUCAGCACUGAACAACACGAAGAAAUUGUGGUGAAAAUGAAAAGCAACAAAAAGGGCGGAGGAGGUGCUGUCGACGAAAAAUACGCACACUGGAAGUCAGUCGUCCCGAUUCUUUACGACUGGCUCGCUAAUCAUAACCUUGUUUGGCCCUCUCUCUCUUGCCGGUGGGGGCCGUUGCUGGAACAAUCAAAGAACAAGAACAGGCAACGCUUGUAUCUUUCGGAACAGACUGAUGGCAGUGUUCCAAAUACGCUGGUAAUAGCAAAUUGUGAUGUAGUGAAGCCGAAAGUAGCUGCUGCUGAACACAUAUCUCAGUUUAACGAAGAAGCUCGAUCUCCGUUUGUUAAGAAGUACAAAACUAUCAUUCAUCCUGGGGAGGUGAACAGAAUCAGGGAACUGCCACAAAACAAGAACAUAAUUGCCACACACACUGACUGCCCUGAGGUCCUCAUCUGGGAUGUUGAAGCACAACCCAAUCGUUAUGCUGUUCUUGGAGCUACUGAAUCUCAUGCGGAUCUGGUGCUUACAGGUCAUGCUGACAAUGCAGAAUUUGCUCUUGCAAUGUGCCCAACCGAACCCUAUGUACUCUCUGGAGGGAAGGAUAAAUAUGUGAUUUUAUGGAGUAUUCAUGACCAUAUUUCAACAUUGAGUGGAGAGCCAGGGUCUACAGGUUCAAUUGUUAAAACCGCUGAUAAUGCUUCUCUCGGGCCUCGUGGGAUCUUUCAGGGGCAUACAGAUACGGUGGAAGAUGUGCAGUUCUGCCCAACAAGUGCGCAGGAGUUUUGUAGUGUUGGAGAUGAUUCUUGCUUGAUAUUGUGGGAUGCUAGAAUUGGAACUAAACCGAUAAUGAAGGUCGAAAAAGCACAUAAUGCUGAUGUGCACUGUGUUGAUUGGAAUCCUCAUAAUGAGAACUUUAUUCUAACUGGGUCAGCUGAUAACUCUGUUUGCAUGUUUGACCGCCGAAACCUAACCACCAAUGGGGUUGCUUCUCCUGUUCAUAAAUUUCAAGACCACAAAGCUCCUGUUCUCUGUGUCCAGUGGUGUCCUGACAAGUCUUCAGUUUUUGGGAGUUCAGCAGAAGAUGGUUUUGUAAAUAUCUGGGAUUAUGAACAGGUUGGUAACAAGAUGGAAGAUGGGACAGUAUCUCCAAACACUACCUCGGGGCUGUUCUUUAAACAUUGUGGACACAGGGACAAAGUGGUUGACUUUCAUUGGAAUGUUUAUGAUCCAUGGACUGUUGUCAGUGUAUCAGAUGAUGUUGAAACCAUAAGUGGUGGGGGCACCCUUCAGAUUUGGCGCAUGAGCGAUUUGAUUUACAGACCCAGGGAUGAAGUAUUAACUGAGUUAGAGGACUUCAAGGCGCAUGUCGCAGCAUGUGGUCCAAAGGCAUAGAAGGGCUGUUUUGUAUGUGGCAUUUUGUUGUGGUUGAUCUAAAAUUAGAUAUUUGCAGGUAUUAGCUCUCGUAAAAACCUUUGUUAUGAAGAAUAGGAGUAGGGAGGGGUAGUCUCAUGGCUAGGUGAUUGAAGUUCAGUAUUAGCGAUCCAGGUGUUGACAAUUCAUGUUUGAAGUUGUCUUUUGUGGUAUUGGUUUACUGUACAAUUUGACUGAAUUUGUGGCAAAAUUGGAAGGUUUUAUGAAUCAGUUCGAGGCUGAAAUUGAAGCCUUGUCUUUCAGUA